UGACCCUUUCGCCCCAUCAGCUACUGACAUACAAAGGUAAAAUGCAUCAGAGUUUUGAUUUUGCUCAGCAAGUGUUUUUGCCACAGGAUUCUCAACAAGUUGGACCUUUAUACUUUCUAUGUGGCUACAAGGUUGGACUCUUUGGAAUUGCCGUAGAACCACUCAGGAAAUUUGUCCUUUACAUUAUACCUGAAGCAGCUCAUUGUGGGAAAGGAUCAAAUGUGGUUAUCUCACUUCUUCACCACUUCUACACAAACUUUAGUGUAGGAGAAACCGACUCGCUGUGUCAUGCUGACAACUGCUGUGGUCAGAACAAGAACAAUUUCAUGAUGCAAUACUGUCUUUGGCGUACAGCUACAGGUCAGAACCAGUCAUUUCAGAUCAGCUUUAUGCCUGUUGGACACACCAAGUUUUGGCCAGAUCUGUUGUUUGGAUUGUUUAAGAAGCGAUGGCGACGUGAACAGGCUUCAUCAGUGGCAGAUGUACAGAGAAUAGCAAGAGAGUGUUGCCCAGGGAACGUCUUCCCUGUUGCUGUCGGGGAUGAAGCUGGCCACACUUUCGUGCCGAUAUAUGACUGGCAGUCUAAGUUCAAGGCACAUGGAUUCCACAAAAUACCUGAGAUAAAGAAGUUUCACCAUUUCUUCUUCACAAACCAGUCACCAGGGAUUGUCAGCUGCAAAACAAGUUUGAACAGCGAUAGUGUCCGUUUCACAGUUGGUGAAGUUUCUACACUGGACAAAUCGCUCCCAAACAUCAUCCAUCCAGUAGGAUUGAGUUAUGCCAGGAAGCUGUACCUGUACAAUUCUAUCAGACAGUAUGUUCCUGAUGACUCAAAAGACACACUUUGUCCUCUUCCGUGUGCAGUCACUGCAUAUGUACCACCUGAGCCAACUGCGGAACCCGGGACAUCAAUGGUUCAGGAUGCGCAGAAUGAUGAUGGACCAACCAACAAAGAUAAUAGACAAACAGGCACAGUGCAAAUUGAACCAUUUGUGUUUCAAACACCAGAAAAGAAGAGGCGUAAAACCCCAACUUGUUCUUACUGUCUCCAGGCAGGUCACAGAAAUCAAACAAUCAGGGGUAGGUUGGUCUGUCCUAAAAGACGGGAAGACAUUAUGAAACCAGCCACUGCAGACCAUGUGGAUACUGAUUGAUCGUAACAUUAUGUUGAACUGUUCAAGGAGGCAUGGGUGGCAUUCCAGGGUCUC